AUGGGUCAUCGUAGAUUUUUAAAAGAUGACCACCCAUGGCGAUUUAAUAAAAGAUCGUUUAAUGGUGACAUUGAGCUUGGAAGAGAACCGAUAUCAUUGUCUGGGACUGAAAUUAUAGAUGAAUUAUCUGAUUUUGUCAAUGAAUUUGGAAAAAAGCAAAAGAAAAAAGCAAAUAGAAAUUGUCCGUGGAAGAAAAGGUCAGUAUUUUUUGAUUUACCUUAUUGGGAGCAUAAUAGAUGUCGUCACAUGCUAGAUUUAAUGCAUAUUGAGAAGAAUGUUUGUGACAAUAUUGUUGGCACAUUGUUAGACAUUCCAGGAAAGACGAAGGAUCAUGUUAAAGCUCGCUUUGACUUACAACAAAUGGGCAUAAGACGAGAUCUUCAUCCUGUGCAGUCGGCUGAUGGUCGUCGUGUUACAUUUGCGAAAGCUUGCUUUUCUAUGACAUCACAGGAAAAAGAAAUGUUUUGCAAAGUGUUGGCGGAUGCAAAAGUGCCUCAUGGUUGUGCAUCAAAUAUCUCAAGAUGUGUAAAUUUGAGGGAGAAGAAAAUAUCUGGGUAUAAGACUCAUGAUGCGCAUUUUCUCAUGCAAUAUUUACUUCAAGUUGCAUUAAGAAGAAGUUUGCCUAGGAGUGUUGCUAUUCCGCUCAUCAGAUUAGGUGCUUUCUUCAAGGGUUUAUGCAGCAAAGUUCUCAAGCCAGUUGAACUUAAAUCCUUGCAGUCUGAGAUCGUAGAGAUACUUUGUCAACUUGAGAAAAUAUUUCCACCAUGUUUCUUUGACAUCAUGGUUCAUCUUCCUGUUCAUUUAGUUCAACAAAUUUUGGAUUGUGGGCCAAUCAACUACUUCUGGAUGUACCCAACAGAGAGAUAUCUUUGUAGAUUAAAGUCAUAUGUGCGUAAUAGAAGUGCUCCUGAAGGCUCCAUAGCAGAAGGAUAUUUAGCUGAAGAGUCCCUAACUUUUUGCUCAUUAUAUAUGCAUGAUGGUGUCAAGACAAGAUUUAAUAGAUACACAAGUAUGUAUGAGAGAGUUGAUGUUGCAGAAGAGACAUCGCCAAUUUUUCCUAAGAUAGGUCAUCCAUUGGGAGGAAAGAGGAAAAGAAAGGGCAAAGCAUUUACAUUAGAUAAUGUUGACUGGGUUAAUGCACAUCGAUAUGCCUUGUACAAUUGUGAUAACAAUGAAGUUGAUAGUUAUAUACGUGAACAUAAACUUUUGAUUGAGAACCAGUCAAGAAAAAGAGGCAGAACAAAUAAAUGGACGGGAGCUCAAAAGCACAGCAAGGACUUCACUGACUGGUUUAAAACUAGAGUAUCUGAGUUGGAAUCAGCGCCUGAUUAUCUAAAAUGGUUAUCAAUGGGUCCUAAUUCUGUAGCAAAAAAAUACAGAGGCUAUUAUGUGAAUGGUUGUACUUUUCACAUCAAGGCGCGUGAUGAAACAUGCAAAACUCAGAAUAGUGGUGUGUCUGUAACCAGUCAAGUAGACAGUUAUGCAAGUUCAAAGGACCAUAAUCCUAAAACUGGAAAUGUUACUUUUUAUGGCGUCAUACAAGAUAUCAUUGAAAUAGACUAUUGGGGCAAAUUUAGUGUUGUGCUAUUCAAAUGUGACUGGUUUCAUUCAGAAGAAGAUGAAUAUGGGCUUAUCCGCGUCAAUUUUAAUAACAAAGGCCAUAUAAAUGACCCUUUUGUCAUGGCAUGCCAAGUUCAUCAAGUUUUCUAUGUGAAGGAUCCUGUUGAAGAGGCAAACAAGAAUUGGCAUUAUGUUUUAAAGAAGCUUCCUAGUCAUAUUUAUGAUAUUGACCGUGAUAUUGGUGCUACACAUGGAGGUGACUAUUGGGUUGAAAGUAAUGACAUUGUCAGUGAUUUAAUCCCCACUAGUAAUGAUGACAUUGAUGAUGUGGGUUGGUGUAGAGAUGAUGUGCCGAGGUCCAUUGUUGACAUUCCUCCAAAUAUAUAUAUUCAUGAUGAUAAUAUAAUGGAAGGUGAUGAAGACAGUGACUUUGAUGAAACAUAUUGGGAUUGGAUGGAGUAA